CAGACGAUCGAAAAAGGAAAGAGUUCAUCAUAAUCUAAUGUAUCUACAAAUUUGAGAGGGGGAUUUCAGGACCAAAUAUAUCAACAUUGGUAUGGGGUAACUAGUGGUAGAUGAUGAAAUGUGGUAAAUGACAGUUAGUAUAUUCCUACAAUUAUGUAUACGAUAAUUAUAUACUAUAGUCAUGGUACACUUCCAUAUCAUGUGGUAAAACAGAUUUACUUUCCUUAUAUAUAUAUGAUGAUCACUUUGUUAUUAAUUAGAUUUACUUUCCAUAUAUCUAUAUGAUCACUUUGUUAUUAAUUAGAUUUACUUUCCUUAUAUCUAUAUGAGGACUUUGUUAUUAAUUCAUGGAGUUGCCUCUCAUAUUAUAGUUAGUCAACUUUAAUUCAUUCUUUUUCCGUUAUGCGGUCAUCACACUCCUACCCACCCAUCUAUAUAUAAACUGAUGAAAGUCUUGUGGGUUUAUAAAAUUCUAGAAUUAGAGAGAAUUCAAAAGACAGAGGCAAGUGUAGAUUUUCCUUGAAUUUCAAUGGCCAAUUUAAACUUGAAUGUUAAUUCUGAGGACGUUCUUCUUGUGCAGGGAAUUAGUAGUGAAAGAUGAUCAUGGCUGCAAGGACUAAAGUUUCAAUAAUCUUGUUUUUGUGGUCAUUUGCGGCACUAGGCCGUUAUUAUGUAAUUUCAGGAUAUGAAUUAUCCGAUCAAGAGUUGGAAAGACAACUAGAGCUUCUAAAUAAGCCUGCCGUUACAACUAUUCAGACAAAAUACGAUGAGGAAUAUGAUUGUGUUGAUUUUUAUCAACAACCUGCGUUUGAUCAUCCUUUAUUAAAGGAGCAUAAGUAUGAGUAUAAGAUGAGCUCGUACAAUCACCAAUUAAAUCGAAGAACAUAUGAUGAUGCAUCUUAUAUCAAUCCAUUCGAUAUUUGGAAAAAUGGAAAAGGAUGUCCAACCAAUACAGUUCCGAUUAAAAGAAUAACAAAAGAAGACCUCAUUCGAGCAAAUUCAGCUAACGAAUUAGCGUAUACAAAUUCAAUCAAUAAUCUAAAUCCAGGUGUUGAAGUAGCUGUGUUGCGUACUACAAAAAACAAGAAGUACUAUGGAGGUGGAAUGAUCGGAGCUAUAUAUCAUCCUGCGGUUCAGAGUUCACAAUAUAGCUCUAGUCGUUUUAAAUGUGAAAACUAUCCAGAUAGUAUUGCUGUUGGAUGGACGGUCAAUCCAAGCUUAUAUCCGGAUAAUGAACCUCACCUUUUCAUAUAUACCAUUACCAAGGACUCGCACUGUUAUAAUACCUACUGUCCUGGCUUUCUAAUCAUGUCCCCGGCGAUACCUCUAGAUUUGCUACUGAAACCAUAUUCUAGGCCCGGGAUAAAGAUGGUGGAGUUGAAGUUCCAUAUCCGCAAGGAUGCUAUAAAUGGAGACUGGUUUCUACAGCUGGGACCUAACAAUUUUACCGUCGGGUCUUGGCCGCAAAGAAUAUUCACAAGCUUGGCAGAUUCGGCAGAUUAUGUAGAAUGGGGAGGAGAAGUUUAUAGCCCGCCGAACAUGACUCCGCCGCAGAUGGGCGCCGGCUACAAGCCUAUGCAAAAGCUUCGAUUCGAUUGCUACGGUAGGCUGGUCAACCUAAUAGAUGAAUUGCACGAAGAUGAUUAUAAUCCUCCAUCGUGUAAAACUUAUCAAAGCAGCAAGAGAUAUCAGAUAAUAGACGAAGGGGAUGUUGGGUCAGGCUUGAUACGCCUUAUUCUCUUUGGUGGUAGCUAGGUGAUUUAUACACUCUAGAACCAAAUAAUGUAAUAGGAUAAUAUCAUGUUACUAUCUAAACUAUGUGGGAAUAAAAGAGUAAUGACUCGUAGUGUUUUAUGAGAAAAUUAUUGUUGAAAUUGAAUUGAUUGCAUAUUGACUUGUUGAACAUUGAUUAAUUAUUCACAGUUCAUGGUUCUUUAAAAAAAAGGUCAAACAAUGGCGUUCGAUGUUUUUUACAACUCACAAGGCAGAUCUACAUUAAAUUAACUCUUUUUCUGUAGAGGUUUAUUGAGAGCCCCAUAAUUACGAUGAUGGAUAAUUUUUAGAGAAAAACGAUUAACUUGACAGUUGAUGUCGAGUUGUGAUUUAUUUAGAGCACAUAAUCAGUUAUAUUCACCUCCUAGUUAUUGCCACAAGAAGUAAUUGUCUUGAAAUAAGACCACUCUACUGACGUGGAGUGACAGUUACUCCCCAACUACUAUAAUGCUGACCGGGUAGUAGUAGUAGUGGUCUCCCCCUCAAUUUUGGCCCUCCUCCACUUAGUAACUCCUCCUUAGCUUUGCUUGUCGACUGAGAUCAACAGUAAGGCAUGAAGACCCACUUGUCACAUAUGGGUGGGUGUUUAGAUCACAUGGCUCUAAAUGACAAAAACAAUUCACCACUUAUGAUCAUGGGAACGGGGGUGGCCCUAUUGCAUGUUCCACGGGAUCACUCUUGCCACACUAGGAGUAUUGUUGAUGCCCCCUCCUCAUCACAUCAGGGGGGGAUAUGUUGAUGACAAUCCCCUCAGUCCUCAUCACACCAGGGGGUUUGUUGAUGAUCCCCUCAUCACAUAAGAGUGGUAUUAACACUUAGUCAAAUUUUUGUUUGUCACCAUGUUACACUUAUCUCCCUCGUCUCCACGAUACUUGGCCAUUUUUUAUCCUACCUUAUUGCACUAAAGAGGCUACACUGAUAGACCCCCUAAUUGUCAUACCAGGGGUAUGUUGAUGACCCAUCUUGUAAGGUGUAGUUUGAAUAUGUUUUAUAUUAUAUCAUAUUGAUGGCACUAUAUUUAUAGUCUCAUAUUUGAUACAUUUUUCCCUCAUAAUAAUGCAUCUUAGUACUUUCUUUCAUAUUUCAUAUCUAAAUCAUAACUAUUUGAUUAAUCAGCCUUCAAUAGACAUAGGAUAUGGUUUUUUUACUCUUUAAUGCCUUCUUAGUAUGUUUUUUUUGGUUUUCAAUGUAUAAAAUGACCUAAAAGGAUUUGGAUCAAGCAUUGUACAACUCUUGAGCACCAAAGGGAGUAAACAGAGAAGAUUAAUGAUCUUUCAUGACAAAGAUGAAGUCCAAUGACGGAGAGGCCUACUAGUAACCACGAAUAGAGUCUACGAGAAGCCCAAUGGAGAAAGACUCGGUCCAAACAAAAGCAAGAACAAGUGGCGGCCCAACAUCGAGUCCAACCGUCACCCAUGGAAAACUGGACAAAUCGUGAUCAAAUCUUCAGAGAGGUUGUCCAUGGAACAAGGAGUCUGGCCCACAAAGAAAAUAAGAGGCGGUUCCUACCGCCACCCAGCCUGAUCAUGGCCCAAACCCAAAUGAAGGUCCAGAAGGCCUUACUUCGACCCCAAGUCAGAGAAUCUGAGUCCUAGAGGUGUUAGUAAGCUUAUGGUCGAGUUUAGGAGGAAAUACCCCAGUGUACCCCUUCUCUUAUACUAUAUAGAGGUGCUUUGACUUUAGUUAGAAACCAACUUUUACAUUCAGAAAUAGCUGAAGCUCUAUCAUAUUGAGGAGAGAAUGACUCCACCAUCGAUGCAUUCAUCCUUAAUUCAUAUGGCUAGCUAACUACUAUUUGGGAUGUCGAUUCUAUAAUGUGUGAUAUAUUGCUUUCUGUGAUAUAAUGAGAUGCCCUAUAGCAUCGAUUAUUUGGUUUAGAGGAUCGAUGGCUUAGUCUUUGUAUGUUUGUUAUCUUUCUAUGAUGCAUUACUAUGUGUAUUAUUUAUACUACUAUUAUGAGUGAUAGGAAAUUACUCUUGUGUAGUAGGCAUCAUUAUUAGGCGUGUAUAAGGGGUGGGCAAUGGGCGGGUUGGGUGGAUUUUGGUCUCAAAUUGACUCACCCGCUUACUAGCGAGUUGGAAUAAUUGUGACCCGCAACUACCCACAUUCUUCUGCGGGUUGGGUUGGGUGGGUGGCGGAUAGGUGCGGUUGGAUCACUGGUCAACCCGCAAAGCAAUUCUCCAACUAGCUAUUAAGAAAGUUAACUAACAUUUAUAAUAAGUUCAUAGCAAAUUAGUAAGACUGUAUAAAUUUAGACACUUCUCAAUUUGUCUCAAGUGAAUCCAUGUAGUAUUUGCAUAAAAAUCUUACUACUCUAUCAACCAAUUGUGUAAAGAAAACUUACGCAUUUUGUGAUUUUGAUACAAUUAAUAAUUUAUAGUUUGCAUCCCAGUAUUUAAUGGAUAUUAACAAUAAUUUGCAUCUCAAUAUCCUAUAUAUAAUGGAUACUGCACAACAGAAUAACUAUUUUUAUUUGCAUCUUUUGAAGUAUAUGGUCAAACUGUAGUGCAGUUCAAAAAUAUGAUGAAUAUUCGACACUAUAAGAAACAACAUUUUUCAUGUGAAAAUAGGAUGUGGAUCAGACGGGUGACCCGCAAUCCACCUACCACCCACCCACAUAAGUGCGGGUGGGAGAUUUAUCAAUCCGCAAUCCACCCACAUCAAUCACCCACUGCUUGCGGGUCGGAUUAUUUGCCAGUGGAUCGAUAUUAAUUCGCGGAUUAACCACGUUCCCAACCCUAGAGUGUAUAGGUGUGUGGAUUGUGGGUGGGGGGGGGGGGGGGGGGGAGGGGGUGGUGUACAAGUCUUUAUGUCUCAAAUGAUGAUUUAUUUUUAUACUAUCAAUCCUCUUUUCCUAUUGAUUUAUUUUUAUACUAUCUUUUCCCUGAAAACAUAUACAUCACGAUUAAGGAACAUUAAUAAUUACAGAUUUAGUUUCCCUAUAUAGAAAUCCACUUUUUGUUAUUAAUUUAUGGAGUUGCCUUCAUAUUAUAGGCAGUCAACUUUAAUUCAUUCUAUUUCCAUUAUGCGGUCCUCACACUUCUACCUACCCAUCUAUAUAUGAACUAAUGAAAGUCAUGUGGGUUUAUAAAAUUCUAGCAUUAGAGAGAAUUCAAAAGACAAAGGCAAGUGUAGAUUUUCCUUUGAAUUUCAAUGGUUUAUUUAAACAUGAUUGUUAAUUCUUAGGAUGUUCUUCUUGUGCAGGGAAUUAGGAGUGUAAGAUGAUCAUGGUUGCAAGGACUAGUUUUUCAAUAAUCUUGUUUUUGUGGUCAUUUGUGGCAUUAGGCCAUUAUUAUGUAAUUUCAGGAUAUGAAUUAUCCGAUCAAGAGUUGGAAAGACAACUAGAGCUUCUAAAUAAGCCUUUUGUUACAACUAUUCAGGUGAGAUGAUGAAGUUGUGUGUAAUUUUGUGUUUGCGAAAGUUUAAUUCAGUUGUUCAAUUCUCUUUCUUUUGUUUAAUUGGAUGAUUUCCAAACAGACGAAAUACGGCGAGGAAUAUGAUUGUGUUGAUUUUUAUCAACAACCUGCUUUUGAUCAUCCUCUGUUGAAGGAACAUAAGUAUGAGUAUCAGGUACAAGAUCUUUUGUAUAUAAUAACUGCAUUUUGUUUCAUGGGAAUUUUUGCCAAUUUAUGGUGCUACAUAUCUUAAAAAAAUUGUAUUCCGACGUCAUUUGCAAAUGUGGUUAUGAAAUUAUGUGAAAAUAAUUUUGAUAUCAAUACUAUUAUGACACUAAAAAUAUCAUCGCAUAAAAAGAUCAAUACUAUUUGAUAUCAUAGUUUUGUGGUUACAAUUACAAGUACUACGUACUACCUAAACAAUUUUUAUUAACAAUUGAGAGAAGGAUAUGUUAUAAUCUUUCUUUGAUAUGGAUGCAGAUGAUGUCAAAUAAUCACCGGUUAAAUCCAAGAACAUAUAGUGACGCAUCUUAUAUUAAUCCAUUUGAUAUUUGGAUAAAUGGAAAAGGAUGUCCAACCAACACCGUUCCAAUUAAAAGAAUCACAAAAGAAGACCUUAUUAGAGCAAAUUCGGCUAGUGAAUUAGCCUAUACAAAUUCCGACAAUCUAAAUCCAGGUGUUGAAGUAAGUUAUGUGCGCAAAUGAUUGUUAAAUAUUAUUUUUUAGUUCUCUUCGUUUAUCUAGUCAUACAUUUAUGUUCCUGCACAACUAAAAGCAAAUUUGUAUGGCACAGUGUUGUUAAAACCGAACCGGACAUCGAUCCGGAUUAGUAAGAGGUUCAAGGUUUAUCGGAUAACCGGUAGUUAACCGGUAUUAAAAACCGGUCAUAAACCGGUGUUGGCCUAUAAUAUCUCCACUCUAGUCUCUACAAAUAAGGAAGAAUAGAGAGAAUUAAUAAAUUCAAAACUGAAAA